CCCAAACGAAAAAGGUGCAGUGUCGGCAAGAGCGAGUGUGAGUGAGUAUGGGCACUGUGUAUUCUCCCUCGCUCCUUGCUCUCCUGUUCUUGGCUAGAGUUGCAGGUCUUGCAGUGGCAGUGCUCGUACUCAUCUGGGCCCUUGCCUUCAAAUCUAGCUUCCUCACUCCUUCACUAUCCCAACAAGACCUUCUCUAUGCAGUUCUUCAUCCUCUCCUCAUGGUCAUCGGCUUCAUUCUGUUAAGUGGAGAAGCAAUUUUGGUUCACAGGUGGUUACCUGGAUCGAGGGGCUUCAAGAAAUUGGUGCAUUUGUGGCUUCAAGGGGUAGCUUUGGGUUGUGGGAUCUUUGGGAUUUGGACAAGGUUUCAGGGAAAAGAUGGGAUUGUUGCAAAUUUCUUUAGCCUCCAUUCAUGGAUGGGUUUGGUUUGUGUUUCCCUCUUUGCAGCCCAGUGGGUGAUUGGGUUCUUGAACUUUUGGCACCGAGGAGAAGGGCGCAGGGUAAGGAUAAGGGUGUUACCAUGGCAUGUGUUCCUUGGUCUAUACACCUAUGCAUUGGCAAUAGCAACAGCAGAAACUGGUUUGUUAGAGAAGGUAACAUUCUUACAAACAAUGAGAAAUGUCUCCAAGCACAGCACUGAGGCCAUGGUGGUUAAUGCUUUAGGUUUGGUUCUUGCCCUCCUCAGUGCCUUUGUUAUUUUGGCUGCUGUUUCACCCAAGUAUCAAACCAUUCACACCAAACUUUUGUACUCAGAUACUACCACUUUCUCAUCUUAAUAAACUGCAUUACACACC